AUAAGGGUCGGACGUUUCGCGUGCAGCGGUAAAAAUUCUCGGGGUUCGUCGGACGUGCUUUCUCCGCAUCCGAACCGACCUGCUCUAUUCUCUAAUACAUUAUGCAUCGGGAGCUUCUUGGACAACUGUCAGUUAAACGUGGCGAUAUUCAUUCGAGGGUCGUAGAGCCCGCAUCUCAAUGCGACCGCAACGUUGAAUAGAGAAUUCGACGCGAACUUGUCCAAGUUAAAUUAAAGUGUGUGUGGGGCGUUAAGAAAACAAAGGGGACGAUCGUAGGUAUUCGUUUCUAAGCAGGGUGCCUAGCUAGGAAGGGUCUGUGUUUAAAGUUGAGUUGUCUGGAGUGAUUUCUGAAUUUUAAUGGAUUGCGUUGCCGAGUUGAUUGCUCUGUGACUGUCGAAGGAAAAAGAUAACUUUCCGACAACUUCCCGACGGAGGGGACAGAAUAUUGACGCAGAGGAAAGGUGCCCGUCAUGAGUGGGAUUACUAAGUGUGUGGUACUUCUUAUAUGGAUGUCCACUGUGAGCCUAAUCUGCGCCUCAACAAUACAGAAACGAGACACGGAAAAAUAUUCAGAUUGGCGGGAGUUGUGGUACUCGAAUUUCGAAGACUACAAUCGCGCCGAGGCGGUGGUUGGUUUCGAAAAUAACACCAUCACGAACGUCACUGUGCAGUUAGGAGCCACUGCUUACCUACAUUGUUAUGUGAGAAGUACCGUCGAUAGAGCAUUGGCAGGAACAGAGCAGGUUUCGUGGAUCAGACGGAGAGAUUGGCACAUUCUCUCUUCGGGAGUUUUUACGUAUACGAACGAUGAGAGGUUUCAAAUUCUCCACGCCGAAGGAUCGGACGAUUGGACACUUCAGAUAAAAUACGUCCAGAAAAGGGAUAAUGGAACGUAUGAAUGCCAAGUAUCAAACAGCCACGGAUUGACAUCUCACUUCGUCAAUUUACAAAUUGUUGUUCCGGAAGCGACAAUCCAGGGAAGCAGAUCAGGGGAACAUCACGUUGACGUAGGCAGCGUCAUAGAUUUGGUUUGCGUCAUUGAGAAGAGCCCCACACCGCCGCAAUACGUGUUUUGGUACCAUAACGAUCGCAUGAUCAACUACGAUACUGCCCGUGGCGGAAUUUUCGUAGAAACCACCCCCGGCAUAAGAACUCAAAGUCGAUUGACAAUCCGCGACACCACAGACGGAGAUUCCGGAAAUUACACUUGCUCCGCUUCGAACACAGAAUCCGCCUCAAUAUACGUAUUCGUUUCUGAGGGUGACAACGUCGACGCAAUACUUAUGAGGAAAUCCUGCGCCAUGUGCGUGGCCUGUCAAGUGAUUAUUCUUCUCUUGACGACGCUGAUGGCAGCUAUGCGAUAGGGUGAAAUCUACGAAAAAGCAAUGUGAUAGUGACAAAGAACACUACUAAGUGAUAUAAAUAAAUUCUUGUAAAAUAUUUUUAAAAAACGUACAACCAAGGACUAAUAAUUUAAUAUAGUAACUAUCUUCAACGAAUUUGCUUCGGUUGUGUAAGGCAUGAGGACCAUUUCACACGAAUAAAGCAGAUUCGGUCAUGUAAAUAAAUUAAAAUCUUUACUCGGAAUUCAAAUGAAUUUAAAUAUAAUAUAAAAUAAAAUAUCUAUUACGAGAAAGAUACAGAUAGGUAGCGAUGAUAAUUAAUGUCAUCAUUUUAUGGAAUCUCAUAAUAUCAUAGUUUUUUUCGUUGACUGGUAAAUGUUUAUACAUAAGAUACAUUCACAUGUGGAUUCAAGUUUUGUUGUGAAAUAAAAUGUUUACGUUUAAUUUGGUCUCUUUCAAUAAAAUU